UGUGGCCAAAAUGAACAUACAAAAAUUUCGACCUUAUAAAAACUCGUAAAAUGUAAACAAAACAUAGCAAAAAGAAAUUUUGGUUUGGAAUUUUUUUUCGAAAAAAAUGGAUUCGUGUGUCGGGGUUGAAAGGGAAGUAGAUAAAAUUCUAACGAAAUUCAACACUAUAAACGAUCACGCCAACCGAGUGUUACAAGACAUUACCAACCAUGUAGAAAACUUGAAGCAAGAAUUUGAACUUUGUCCUCCUGAUCAUGAAUUGACCGUGCAGCAAGUUCUGAUCGUGAAACAGACGUUGAAUAAAGUUCGAGAUACGGUUACACGAUUAACCACCGAUCAUAGGGAUUUACAUAGUUCCGUUUCUCGAGUGGGGAAAUGUAUCGAUCGACAUUUUACUGCCGAUUUCGCUUCGUGUAGUAGAGAAGAAGUAUUUAGUGGUCCUGAAAACGAAAGAUUAUUGAAUCAAGUAAUAUGCCAGCAUUUUUACCAGCAGGGUAUGCUAGAUAUAGCCGAAUAUUUAGCCGAGGAGGCUGGGUUAACGUUGGAAGAAGAAAAAACCGAACCGUUUUCUGAAAUAAACAAGAUUCUAGAAAGUUUGAAGAAAAAAGAUGUCACUCCAGCUUUGCAAUGGGCUGUGAAGCAUAAAGAAUACCUCGAAACUCAGGUUUGUCGAGUAAAAAACUCGUUUAAUACACGUUCGAGUUAUUGUGUUCUUAACGAGACAUUUUUUUUGUCGCAGAAUUCAAGCUUAGAAUUUAAAUUGCACCAGUUGCAAUUCAUAACAUUAAUUCAAAAAGGCAUGUCUCAUCAAGCCGAAGCGAUGCAGUAUGCCAGAACUCACUUGACGCAAUACGUACAAUCUCACGAGAAAGAGAUACAGAAUUUAAUGGGCAUGUUCCUCUAUCUGCCUCAAGGUUUAUCCGGAUCUCCUUAUGCUCAUUAUCUGACACCUACCUUGUGGGCAGAAAUCAACGAAUUAUUCAUGCGGGAUGCGUGCAAUUUCUUGGGUUUAAGUAUAGAUAGUCCGCUUAGUAUAUGUAUAAAUGCCGGAUGUAACGCCCUUCCAGCCUUAUUAAACAUUAAACAAGCUAUGCAGCAGCGUCAAGUCACCGGAAUUUGGAAUGGAAAGGAUGAAUUACCAAUCGAAAUCGAUAUAGGCCCGGAUCACCAAUACCAUUCUGUCUUCGCUUGUCCCAUAUUAAGACAGCAGAGCUCGGAAUUAAAUCCACCGAUGCGUUUGGUAUGCGGUCAUGUUAUAUCGAGAGAUGCUCUUAAUAAAUUAGGCAAUAACGCGAAUAAGUUGAAAUGUCCUUACUGUCCGGUUGAACAAAAUACCAGCGAAGCGAUGUUGAUAAGUUUCUAACACGUUGAACGAGUGCAAUAUGUAUCCGAAGGGUGUAUUUUCUUAAAAAACGUUUUUGUACUUAUUUGUAUUUUAUAUUUUUAAAUGAAAUAUAUCUAUAAUUUUUAGUAAUGACGAGCUGUAUUUUCACUUUAAUCUUGUAAAGUACGCAUCAUUGUUUUGAAUAAAGGAAUUAGUAAAAGUAUGUAUUAUUUUUUAGUCUCGUUUCUUUAUUAAUAAUAUGUAUUACUUUGUAUGUGUUUUAUGGGUCAUCUAUAUGUACCAAAUAGUCCCUUCUCUAAUAUACUAUAAGUACCCCUUAUAAUUUUGUACAAAUUAUUUGCCAUUUGCACAUAUGUAAUUAUGCGUAAAUGUUGCAAAAAUACAGUUGAGUAAAAUACGUUCUAUGUA